AUGGCCAAUCGUGCGAGAACUUACGAUGAGCAAGUGCAUUCUCUUAAAGACUUGCAGCGUCUUGGCUCCGAGAAGCUUGUCAAGUCCACAAGAGAAUACUACAAUGAGGGUGCCAUGGACUUGAUCACCCUGCACGAGAAUGAGACCGCCUACGAUCGAUACAGAAUCCGCCCAAGGGUUAUGCGAGAUAUCUCCAAACUGGAUACGAGUACUUCCAUCUUUGGCACCAAAGUUUCGUUCCCCUUCGGAUUCUCGCCCACUGCCAUGCAGCAAAUGGCCCAUCCCGAUGGCGAGGUCGGCACUUCAAAGGCUACCGCAGCCUUCCAGGUACCUAUGGGUCUUAGCAAUUAUGCAACAAUGGAUCUGGAGCAGGUUAUCUCGCAUGGUAAAGGAAACCCUUACUGCAUGCAAAUGAGCUUGCUCAAGAACAAGGAGGCAAUGAUCAAGCUGAUUAAAAGAGCGGAGGAGGCUGGCUUCAAGGCUCUCUUUGUCACUCUCGAUGUGCCAUACCUAGGACGCCGGCUUAACGAGUUCCGCAAUAAGUUUGGUGUUCCCAAGGGCAUGGAGUACCCUAACCUAUUUCCCGGUGUCGAUGUUACUCGUUUGGAGGAUGGUGACGAUUCGAUGGCUUAUGACUGCGCGCUUGAAUGGCCCGAUCUUAUGCCCUUCUUCCGCAAGCAUACCAAGAUGGAGAUUUGGGGUAAAGGAAGACACCAAGUAUAUACAGGAGAAGAUGCCGAGAUGGCCAUCAAAUGUGGCCUUGACGGUAUUGUUGUUUCUAACCACGGUGGUCGGCAACUCGAUAGCGUGCCCGCCUCCCUCGAUGUCUUGCGUGAGGUCGUCCCCAUCGCUAAAGGUCAUAUCCCCAUCGCUGUGGACGGAGGAAUCCGCCGCGGUACCGAUAUCUUCAAGGCUCUCGGUCUCGGCGCUGACUUCUGCUUUGCCGGGCGCCCGGCCAUUUGGGGUCUAGCUUAUGAUGGCCAAAAUGGUGUUGAACUGGCCCUGAAGCUGCUGUAUGAUGAGUUCAAAACAGCAAUGGCUUUGGCAGGAUGCAAAAAUGUCAACGAAAUUACUAAGGACUACCUUUCCCUUCUACAACCUAAUGGUGUUCUAGCUAAGCUAUGA